GGCGCGCCUAUAUGAGGCGGCGGCGGCACGUGGGGAGGCGCCAUGGGCGAAGAGGCGGGGGAGGGGCUGGAGUGCGGCGUCUGCCGCCUGCCCUACGACCGCGGCGGCCGCGCGCCCCGUCGCCUCGGCGGCGGCUCCGCGCUGGCGGCCCCGGCUGGACGCUGCGGCCACGCGCUCUGCACCGCCUGCGCGCGGCGCCUGGCCCGCGGCGGCCGCCUCACCUGCCCCUUCUGCCGCGCCGUCACCGCGCUGCGCUCCAGCCGCCGCCGCCCGCUGCCGCUGCCCGUCGACGCCGACCUGUGGCACCGCCUCGCCGCCCGCCCGCCGCCGUGUGAGGACGAUGACGCCGCCGCCCGCAGCCAAUCGCCGUGGUGGCGCGCCCUGGCGCGCUUCCUCAUUGGCCGCCGCGCCGCCGCCGCGUUCCGGCGGCAGUCAAUCGGCUCUCAUGGUCCAGAAAUGCAAGUUUUAACCCUGGAGGACUGUGGAGAUGUGAGCGGGCGACUCGCCUGAGGACCUGGAAGGAGCUGCAGCCCUUAACGAUCCCACCGGCCCUUUUCGGCUGCUCUAUUUGGGUCGAAAACCCGUCGUUUCGGCUUUGCUGCAUCAUUGGCCUCCCUCUUUCCCUCCUCAGCGUCCAUCCGGCGGCAUUUUCCCCGCCAAAAGCCGACUUUUGGACCCAUAGCUACUGUGAAACGAGUGAACCGUGGCGGGUGGGCCGCCUCUCUCCUCCACAGCUAUUUAUUAAAGGCAAAAACGUCAAAA